AUGUUACCACCAAUACGUCUUAACAUUAGAUUUACAAAUGAUGUUAUGAAUGUAGUGAGAAGAUCGCAUGAAUUACAAGAAGCAUACCGUACUGGACCCACACAUGUGAGAUUUACCAGUGUAUUUUUACAAUGUAACCAAAAUCCUUUAUAUUUGGCAUUAAGCGCAGAGUCAAUUGGUCAAGAGUUUCCCGUUUCUAGUAGAAGCUUUAGUCAUUACCUAUAUCUAAUGGAAGUUUACGAUAAUUACAAUAAAAAUGAUGUACCUUCACCUAUAAUAAGUUCUGGAGUAAUUCCACACCCGAAUGAAAUCAAUGUUGACGUCUACACACAUGUAAAUAGGGAUUAUGUUAUUUCUGAUUUAAGAAGCAGUUUUUCAUCUACUCGUAUUAGAAUGUUCGAUAAUUUAGCCUUGUUGUUUGUUGAGUCGAUUAGAUUAAGCGGAGUUCGUGAUGUAGUUCAAAAUGCUAUUAAUGUAUAUCCUCAUGUAAUUAACUUUAGAGAAUAUUCAGUUCUUAUAAAUGAUUGGGAAUCCUUGACUAGGAGACUCUAUUCGCAUAUUCGAAAUGCUGAAUCUGGUGAUCCGGAUCCUGACUGGCAAUAUAAUCCUACUUAUUUUAAUGUUAGAGUUUAUCAAGCAAGAGAAAGAGGAUUUGAUGCUUAUACCUUGCAAACAUUUGAUUUUAGCCAAAUUUCACAAAUUGUUAGCUCUGAAUGUUGUCAUUUUUAUAAUUGGAACUGUUGUUGUCGAAGGAGAGAUGAUACCAUUGUGGAAAUACCACAUCUUUUUGGUUUUAAUGAUUGUAUAGAUCAUAGAAGUUGCGAUACAGGUUGGUAUAAAGGAUGGAAAUGCGAUGCAAACGAGUCAUAAGAUAUAUGACAGGAAUUUUUUAAAAAUAUUUUAUUACUGAAUUAUUUAAACGAGUUAUUGCAGUGCAAUUUAGGAAUUUUCCCGAUCCUUGAAUACAACAUUCCAUCCCUUCCAAAUAUGCAAACAAUAUUAAUUAUUUCAUCACCUAUUGCAGAAUCGUUAAACAUAAUAAUAAUUGUUAUAAAAUAAUAUUAUGAAUUUAUUUCUUUUUAUCGGCACAAAAAAGAUAUUAUUCAAUUAUUUUCUAAUUUAAUAGAAUUCUUUAAGUUAAUGUUAAAAAUGCGGUGAAUCUUUGGGUCUCCAGAAAUAUAUGUAAUCAAAACUGAAUACUUUCAAUUUUUUAUUAGUGCAUCGAAAUGUACAAAGUUCGGUUAAAAGAAAAACAUCUAAGAUGUUCUACUUCGAUGGCAUAAACCACUUAUUCACAACGUCUCUCUUAAGAAAAUAUGGUCAUCUUGGUCAAAGCCAUAUUAUUAAGAGCCAUUGUCUGAUAUGUUCAGACAGAGCUAUAUACUGAUGUCAACCGGUUUGGCUGAAAUUUUCACCAUACCUUCUAUAUAUCAGUACUAGGUUACGAAAAAAAUUUUAGCCCUGAAAACUGUUUCCUUGAGGAGUUAUAGCCUUCUCAAGUAAUAGCGGUCGGCGAUUGUUUCAACUAAUUGAUAAAAAUAAACUACAAUUAAAACUGAAUAAAAAAGUUUUGACGGAUGCUCCUUAUUGAGAGUUUUUGUCCAACUCGAAGCAGAGCUGAAAUUUUAAUCAUAAGACCUGCAAAGAGGAGCAAAGACUACAGCAGAAAUUUUUAUUGAUUAAGUGUUUUUUUAUUCAAAAAACAACUAUGGCAUAGAUAUAGAAUUUGCAAUUUUUGAAAAGGUUCUUUCGUUCUAAGAAGAGAAAACCAGAAAGCUUUGAAAAUAACGUUAAAUCAGAGGUGAUAGAGAAUGCUGCUUCCCUCAAAAUGAAGAUGUCCAAGUGUCGUUGUGAUCUACAUAGAAGAAGCAGCUCUAAGGGCUUGUUCUGGUAGUUCUUAAAGUUUGAUAAACGAAAAUUUACUCGAAUGACUGAUAAACAUAAUUGGUAUCUAGUAGAUAUCUACUACGGAUAUUAACUACUAAUCAAACAGCAAUGAAUAAUCAAAUACACGGUGUAACAUAACCUUUUUCUCCCCCCCUACACGACCUAAAGGACAGAUAAUAUCAGAAAGUAUUUAUACCAGGUUAAAGCCCAUCAAAAACUAGAUUUAUGAGUGUAAUUGAUAUUCCGU